CAAUUAUUCCCACAACCCCAUUCUUCUUUAAACAAAGCCGCAGUGUGGUUGUGCGACGUGCCGACGUGGUGCCGCUAUGGCAACGGUGUAACAAACUAAAUCGGAAACGACGUGUGAUAAUGAAUCAUCAUUUUUGUUGGGUUCCAUCAUUCCACCACUUCCACUCUUUCACUGAGCACGACGACACAAAUUCUGACCAAGUUAUGGCGCAAGAAAGAUCAGGUCAGGUCUCUGAUCGAGGGGACGAUGGGGCUGACCGACAUCGUCGCUAUCUCUCCAUUGUGGGACGGAGGGGUCAACUCGUGGCAGCUUUCUCCCAUUUGCGGCAAGUGCUCCUCUGUCCCUUCGAAAUUCGGAGGACGGAAAACGACUCCAGGUUUCAAAUGGUCACGUGGGCUGGGGGACAAACGGUGGCGUCCUACAUCUUUUUGUUCUCGUCCACGCUUGCCUUCUUGAUGAACGCUGGCAGCCGGAUAAUCUCCACUCGCAAAACCGGAUCCGGAAGCUGGUGGGAAUUGGCCUGGAUCAUUUACAACGUGGCAGCGAUUCUGUUGAUCGUCCAGUUCGUGUACAGCAUGACGUUCGGAAGGCGCAAAUGGUUGGAGAUGCUGCAACGUGCCGACGAACUCGCAGAAUCACUCAGGGAUCAUGUCGACUAAUCCAUAAUUUUAACCAUACAUAUUUUUUCAUCUUCUAUAUUACCUUCGUAUUA